GACAGUAGGAAAUGGAAACUGCUUAUUUGAAAAGUUACCACACCAAAUAAUAUUAUUAUUAAGUUCAACAAAUAACAAUAGGUUAACAGAGCAUUUCAAUAUGUUAAUCAACAACACAGAAUUUACUAUAGAACAGCUAACAGAACUAUUAAGAAAGAUAAUAAUACAAUACAUGAAAGAUAACAAAAAUAAGAUCAUGGAAAGAAUAGGUGUCAACAAGAAUUCAUUUAAUGAGAUGAUUAAUGAGUUACAGCAAAAUUACACUUUUGAUAAUAAUUUGGCCGAUACUAUUCCCCUUACAGCACUGGCAAAUAUUUUCAAAGUACAAUUAACAAUAUCAACCGAUUUGGUAAACAAUCCCAUCAUUUUUAUUACUCCAGAAGACAUUACACCAUUUAAAUUUGAAAAUCUCAAUGGAAAAGACGACAACUUGUCCAAUCAUUCAUACGCUGAGUUUUACAGAGAUUCAAUAAGAUCAAUAAGUAUUAAAACAAUAAAUGAAUGGAUCAUAAGUCAAAGGUUGCAAACAUUGUCUACGGUUAAUGUAAUAUCAUAUGAUCAAAUUCCUUUUAUUGUCAACGCAACAAUGGGAGAAAGAGUGAAGGCUUCAACCAGUAGUCGGACAGUGUUUGAGAGAAGUAUGGCAGGCUUCCAUGUACUAUCACAUGGGACAAUAGGAAAUGGAAACUGCUUAUUUGAAGCGUUAGCCCAUGAAAUAUUAUUAUUAUUAAGUUCAACAAAUAACAAUAGGUUAAGAGAGCAAUUCAAUACUCUAAACAUAAACACAGACUUGAGUAAAGAAGAUCUAACAGCACUAUUAAGAAAGAUAGUAAUACAAUACAUGAAAGAUAACAAAAAUAAGAUCAUGGAAAGUAUAGGUGUCAACGAGAAUUCAUUUAAUGAGAUGAUUAAUGAGUAUUACAGCAAAAUUACACUUUUGAUAAUGAUUUGGCGGAUACUAUUCCCCUUACAGUGGCAAAUUUUUUCAAUGUACAAUUAACAAUAUCAACCAAUUUGGUAAACAAUCCCAUCAUUUUUAUUACUCCCGAAGACA